AUGGCUCUGAUGUUCAUGGGGCAUACAUUAUUUCUAGCAUUAGUGAUGUUUGCUGACUUCACUUUUGAAGAGUCUGUGAGCAAUUACUCCGAUUGGGUGACUUUCAUAGAAAAUGUAGAUCAGUAUGAAAAACAGCAACUUGAAGGUCUUAGUGCUGACCAGAAGCUGAAAAAAACAGUUCUUCAUCCAAACUUGUAUUUUGAUUCUGAGGAUGUACAGGCACUGAGGCAGAAGGCUCAUACAAGCCAUUCCCAUCUAUUCAGAGCCAUCAGAAGUGCAGUGACGGUUAUGCUAUCCAACCCUUUAUACUACCUUCCUCCACCCAAGCAUGUUGAUUUUGCUGCGAAGUGGAAUGAGAUUUAUGGUAACAAUCUGCCACCUCUAGCACUUUAUUGCCUGCUGUGCCCCGAAGAUAAAGCUGCAUUUGAUUUUGCCCUAGAAUACAUGGAUAGAAUGGCUGGCUACAAAAACUGGUUGGUUGAGAAUGCACCUGGAGAUGAAGUGCCACUGGGUCACUCCCUAACAGGAUUUGCCACUGCUUUUGACUUCUUGUAUAAUUCACUGGAAAAUGAGAGAAGGCAAAAAUACCUGGAGAAGAUAUGGUCUGUAAGUGAGGAAAUGUAUGAGUACUCAAAGGUCCGUUCCUGGGGAAAGCAGCUUCUCCAUAAUCAUCAAGCAACCAAUAUGCUUGCUUUGCUUAUUGGGGCUUUAGUUUCAGGGAUGGACAAAGGAUCUCGGGCAAAUAUUUGGAAACACGCUGUUGUUGAUGUGAUGGAGAAAACAAUGUUUCUGCUCAAUCAUAUUGUGGACGGGUCUCUGGAUGAGGGAGUAGCUUAUGGGAGUUACACAGCCAAGUCAAUAACCCAGUAUGUUUUCCUGGCCCAGCGCCACUUUGGUAUUAACAACUCGGAGAAUAACUGGCUCAAAAUGCACUUUUGGUUUUACUAUGCCACCUUAUUACCAGGCUUUCAGAGGACUGUGGGCAUAGCAGAUUCUAAUUACAACUGGUUUUAUGGUCCUGAGAGCCAACUGGUUUUCUUGGAUAAGUUUAUUAUGAAGAAUGGAGCUGGCAACUGGCUGGCACAGCAGAUUAGAAAACACAGGCCGAAGGACGGGCCAAUGGUGCCAUCCACUGCACAGAGGUGGAGCACACUACACACUGAAUUUAUAUGGUAUGCUGCUGAAAUUACUCCUCAGCCGCCUCCUGACUAUGGUACUGCUAAAAUGCAUGUGUUUCCUAACUGGGGAGUUGUUACUUAUGGGGCUGGAUUGCCAAACAGUCAGGCAAACACCUUUGUGUCCUUUAAGUCUGGAAAACUUGGUGGACGUGCUGUCUAUGAUAUUGUUCACUUUCAACCAUAUGCCUGGAUUGAUGGGUGGAGAAGUUUCAAUCCAGGACAUGAACAUCCCGAUCAGAACUCUUUCACUUUUGCUCCCAAUGGGCAAGUGUUUGUAUCUGAGGCUCUUUAUGGACCUAAACUCAGCCACCUAAACAACGUCUUGGUCUUUGCUCCAUCUCCUACGAGCCAGUGCAACCAGCCUUGGGAGGGACAGCUUGGUGAGUGUGCCCAGUGGCUGAAGUGGAUUGGUGAUGAGGUUGGAGACUCAACUGGAGAAAUUAUAACAGCCACCCAGACUGGAGACAUGAUGUUUGUGAGUGGUGAGGCGGUAUCUGCUUACACAUCAGCAAUGAAAUUGAAAAGUGUGUAUCGCAUUUUGUUGCUCUUAAAUUCUCAGAUAUUGUUAGUAGUAGACCAUAUCGAAAAGGAGGAAGACUCUCCUGUUAAUUCUGUCAGUGCCUUUUUUCAUAAUCUUGACAUUGAUUUUAAAUACAUACCCUAUAAAUUUAAGAACAAAUACAAUGGAGCUAUGAUGGAUGUGUGGGAUGCCCACUACAAGAUGUUUUGGUUUGAUCAUCAUGGGAGUAGUCCUGUUGCUAGGAUACAGGAGGCAGAACAAGCUGCUGAAUUCAAAAAGCGAUGGACUCAGUUUGUAAAUGUUACCUUUCCAAUGAAAAACAUGCUUACAAGGAUUGUUUACCUUUUCUAUGGCCCAUACGUCAAUGUUUCUAACUGCAGACUCAUAGAUAAUGCAAAAUCUGGAUUUCAGAUUUCGCUCAGUGUCAACAACACUGAAAAUACCAUCUCUGUUGUAACUGAAUAUCAGAAUUUAAAGACAAGGUUCGAUUACUUGGGAUUUGGUGGUUUUGCCAAAGUAGUUAAUGAAAACAAAGUGACCAAGUUUGGUCUGGGUACUGAAUUUGUGGAAAAACGGAUAAAAAAUAAUAGAGUGGUUUUCCCCUUUGGAUUCAAAGUGAACAUAAUUGCAGGGUUAAUUUUGGGUGUUAGUUUGGUCAUACUGGCUUUCCAGUGGCGGUUUUACAUAUCCUUCAGUAAAAUGUUGCGUUGGAUCCUGAUACUGAUUGUCACACUGUGGCUUAUUGAAUUGGUGGAUGUAUGGAGCAUGUGUACUCAGCCCAUCUGUGCAAAAUGGAGCAGUGACAUGACAAGGCUGGAACAUGAUAAAGGCAAUAAAGCCAAACAGUCAGAAGGAAACCCUGUUGUUUUGCCAGAUGUUAUCAUUACUUCACUUCCUGCCUCUGGUGCAGAAAUUUUAAAACAGCUGUUUUUCAAUAGCAGUGACUUUUUAUAUGUCAGGAUACCUACACCCUAUCUUGAAAUUCCUGAGACUGAAUUUGAAAUUGAUUCCUUUGUAGAUCCAUGUGAGUGGAAGGUUUCUGAUGUCCAGAAUGGUCAUUUUCGUCUUAUCCAAGGGUGGCUCCAGUCUCUAGUUCGAGGCACAAAGUUACAUUUACAAAACAUUCAUUUAUAUGAAGCCAGCAGAAGUAAAAUUGCUCAGCAUUCUGCCAUAAGCAAGGACAAAAAGAAAAGAUCCAAGAAGAGAGAAUCUCUGUCAGAGCAAAGAAGCAGGGCAAGAGGGAGUCAAGAUAAAGAUGCUGAAUAUAUUAGGGAACUGAGACGACAUCUUGUCUAUUAUCCUAAUGCGCGACCAGUGCUUAGUUUAAGUAGUGGGAGCUGGACAUUAAAGCUUCCUUUCUUUCAGGCAAUCCUAGGACCCUCAAUGAGAGCAUUAUAUAUAGUAAGGGACCCACGGGCAUGGAUCUAUUCAAUGUUGUACAAAAAUAAGCCAAGCCUUUACUCCUUGAAAAAUGUUCCACAACACUUGGCUGCAAUGUUUAAAGGGGAAAAUGGUAAAGGAAAAUGUAGUUUAAAUGAAGGCUAUGCCUUUGAAUAUGAGUCAUUAAGAAAAGAACUUUCAAAUUCUAAUUCAAACGCUGUUUCUGUGUUGUCCUAUUUAUGGCUAGCAAACACAGCAGCAGCACUGAGAAUAAAUGGGAACCUGCAGCCAACGAGUUAUCAGCUGGUCAAGUUUGAAGAUAUUGUGAGCUUUCCUCAGAAAAUGGCUGAAAAAAUUUUUACCUUUCUUGGUAUUCCUCUUCCUCCUGCUAGCUUAAACCAAAUAUUAUUUGCCACUUCCACCAGUCUUUUCUAUCUUCCUUACGAAGGGGAAAUUUCACCAAGUAUCAUUCAUGCCUGGAAACAAAACAUGCCCUAUGAAGAGAUUAGACAGAUUGAAGAUAUCUGUUGUUCUCUAAUGGACCACUUAGGAUAUCCAAAGUUUAUAGAAUAA